GCCCUAGUCACCGCAGCGUUCGUCUAUCUGGGGUUCUCCACCUUCGUGGGCCUGCUACAUGCCUUGGGCUGGGGCUCCGCCGGUGUCUCCGCCAGAUCGAUUGCUGCAGGACUGCAGUCCGCAUACUGGGGAGCAUUCACCGGCGGCAUCUUCUCGGUCCUGCAAAGCUGGGGUGCUACACUGAUGGUGUCUGCGGUAUGGGCAUUGCUCUCGGCCGUGAUU